AAGUUGGUAACCAAGAGAGAGGACAAAAAACAUAACCUCUUUAACCUGCAAUAUUGGAUUUACAAACUUUCAUUCACAAAUAACACUUUUAUAAGAAUUAUUCACUGUUUGGAGUUCGAAUUUUAAGUUUCGGUUUUCUUUAGUUAGUAAAUUUCCUUCAUUAGAUGGUUGUCGUGUAUGCUCAUUGAGAAAAGAUUUGUAAAUGCCAGACUUUAAAUGCAUAGUAGAAUUUUAAUAGUGUUUUCUUAUAUUAUUAACUUUAAGAGAAUGACACAAAGUUUUAUAUCAUAUUUCAAAAACAAAAGUGCUAAAAUAUUGCUUUUUCUCAGUGUCAACAUUAUAUUACAAAAUUUUGGAAAUGCAUCUGAAAAAGGAUACAUUGCGUACUGUCCGUGUAUGGGAAGAUUUGGUAAUCAAGCCGAUCAUUUUCUUGGUGCUCUUGCCUUUGCAAAAGGACUGAACAGAACUCUCGUAUUACCACCUUGGGUUGAAUAUCGUUUUGGAGAACCAAAAUCGAUUCAAGUGCCUUUCAAUACAUACUUCAGUGUGGAUACUCUUAUGAAGUAUCACGAUGUUAUUACAAUGGAAGAAUUUAUGGCCAACAUAGCAAAUGAUGUGUGGCCAGUUGAAAAACGAAUAUCAUUUUGUUACACUUCUCGUGGUGAUACUAGUAGCUGCAACGCCAAAGAAGGAAAUCCAUUCGGCCCUUUUUGGGAUACUUUCAAGAUUGAUUUUGUGGAUUCAGAAUUUUACGGACCUCUCAACUAUGACGUUCACCAUCAUGACAUGGGCAAGAAGUGGAAUGAGAAAUAUCCUGUUGCCAAAUGGCCUGUUUUAGCGUUCACUGGUGCUCCUGGCAGCUUCCCUGUACAGAAAGAAAACAGAGAACUUCAGAAAUACCUGGUGUGGAAUGAAAAUAUCAAAUCCAAAGCUGACAGAUUCAUCAGAAACAUUCUACCGGUGGGAGGAUUUGUUGGAAUACACUUGAGAAACGGAAUCGAUUGGGUGAGAGCUUGUGAACAUGUUGGUCACAGUCCCAACUUGUUCGCUGCACCUCAGUGUCUCGGCUACCUCAAUGAGUACGGAAAAACUACUCAAGAAAUGUGUUUUCCCGAUAAGACUAUCAUUAUAAAACAAAUGAAACGAAUCAUCAAUCAUCUGAAAGAUAUAACAUCUAUUUUUGUAGCAUCUGAUAAUAACUACAUGAUCAAGGAGCUGAGUGAAGCCUUUAAAAGAAUGGAGAUUACUGUGCAUCGAUCGGAAGACAACAGUCCUCAUCUGGAUCUUGCUAUUCUUGGACAAGCCAACUAUUUCAUUGGCAACUGUAUCUCAUCUUUCUCGGCAUUCGCUAAACGCAGUCGAGACGUAAGAGGUCUUCCUUCUGCCUUCUGGGCGUUUCCUCCGUCAAAAUUCUCUGGCAGUGCCAAGUCGCAUCAUGAUGAGCUAUGAUUUAGAGCAAUGAGUGUUCACCAGCCACCACUACCGGUAUUUGCUCAUUUUUCUACAAACAUACAAUGAUAAAUGAAUUUCCUUGCAGAUUAUUCCGCUUUGUAGUGGAUUUACAGUAGUUCUCUACUGAAUCUAGAGGAGAACACGAAUAAUAAUAAUAAUUCAUUAUUUAGAGUGUUGGCGUAAUCCAGCUGUCAUAAUAUUCUUUCGAAUUAAGGGUUUCUCAAUUGCUUUAUAGUAGCUGAUAUCAACUUGACUCUGCAAGUGACAUUGCCAGUCAUUUCUGCACUAGUUGAAUUUAAUUACAUAUUCUCCAAUGUAGUUUAUAAAAAAUAUGUUAAUAAUUUACUGGGUUAAAUAUUAUAUUUUUUUGUUUAACGCCUCAAAUGUCAAAGUCUGCUCUAGAAUAAUGUAUUAACUCUUGAAAUGUCUAUUGAAAAUUAUUUUUGCUCUACAAGUUUUAUUUCAAAAAGUUUAAAAAUGAAAAGUUUUAAAUGAAUCGUAAAUAAAAAACGUUAAUAAUGUCAAAAUAAUGGCAUGUAGCUCCAAUUCAAUUCCGACAUACAUUAACCGUAAACCUCAGUUAAUACUGACAUUGCCAAACGAGUUACCGGCACACUCCUCAUAUUGACCUCAUGGUCAAUUUUCAUUUUAGGAGAAUAAUUAAAAUUGAGUUGUUUGCAUACAAAUAAUCUAGACCUAGAAGUUUUAUUAUUCAGAAGAUUUUUAUUGAAGCGCGUGUAGAAAAAUGUGACUUUGGAAUUGGUUGCUUUGAUAUGAUUUUCAAAUCAUUGGUGAAUUGGACUGGGAAUUGAAUUAUUGCUGCAGAUCACUAUUUUGAAAAUUAUCGACAUCAUUGUUGAAGUACAAAGUCCCUAUACAGUCUUGAUUUUGAAAAUUAUCGACAACUUUGUGAAGUUCAUAGUUCCUAUACAGUACAGCCUUUUUCUUUUAAAUCAGAUAGGGCCUACUGUAGAUGGAGUUCAUAACUCAAAAGUGAACAAAUCAGUAGACUACUCUCAAAUGUGCAUUACAGCCUUUGCAUCCAUUAAAUAAUAAUGAAAUAUAAUAUAGGCUAUUGUGAUUAAUAGUUAUAACAAUUAUUAAAAAGUAUCGUUGGCAAUUUCUAUGUGUUUGUUACAAUGGCGCAAUGUAAAUAAUAAUUCCUGAACGUUUAAUGAAAAUACUCAAGACUGAUGCUUUCUAAAAAUUAAAAAAUAUGUAAAUUAGUGAGAAUUUGGUUAAGCAAGUAAUUUCCUAAUGUAUUGUGUAUGAGACAAUAAUAAAAGUGAUUCGUUCAAGUGUUUUCUAAUAA